CCUGUGCAGUAUAGAUGGAUGUAUCUGUAUGAGCGGUAUAUGUUCCAUUUGAAGAAGAUGGUGAAAAAUCUAAGUAGGGUGGAAGGUUCUAUAGUCGCACAGAUGAUCAAUGAAGAAAUUUCAAACUUUGCUGAGUACUACUUUCCAGCAGAAGUUCAGACUAAAAACAGAAGACCUGCACGGCAUGAUGAUAGAGGCGAACGGGCAACAUACCAUGUUACGGUUCCUGACAUUUUCACAGAUGUUGGACGACUUAGCGGAAAAUCAAAGGACCGUCGACUUACUGAGCAGGAGCGCAGUCAUUUGCAAACAUAUUUGCUCACCAACUGCGAAGAUGUUCUUCAAUAUGAGAGGAUUUUCAUGGCAGAAAAGCGGUUCGAAUAUAGAUACGCUACAGAGGCAGAACUAGAAGAAAUGAAGCAAAGAGAAUUUGCUGGAUGGAUGUUUACUUAUGUGUCUGCUGGUUUGGCCAGAGGUGAAACAUUUGACGAUUGGAUACGCGAGAUGGUGGUUGGACCAAACUAUGUUGUGAAGUCAUAUCCGAGAUUUUGUACUCGAGGAUAUGCAUUCACAACUGAAAAGACGAAACGUUCGCGUACGACCUAUGAUGCUGGCGUUUGUUCUGCAUCGGGAGAUGAUGUAUACUACGGACACAUACAUGAGAUUUUGGAAAUCAAGUAUUUGGGCAUGCUUGGAUUGCGCUGUACUGUUUUCUAUUGUGAUUGGCACGACCUCACUCCAGAUCGAGGUGUGAGAACAGAUGCAUUUGGUGUUACAUCAGUUAAUUCGAGACGAAAGCUCCAAUAUUAUGAUCAUUUCAUUCUUGCUUCUCAGGCCGAUCAGGGGAGUUCUGAGCUGGAAGACCCACUACAACCAAUCACAUCCAGUAACUUAAGUGCAGCAGAAGAUGUAGCAGGAGUUGGCCUUGUAGUAGAUUUCACUGACUUCGCAGAGGAAGCCGUCGUUCACGCACAUGAUGAACCAGUUAUUGGAGAGUUUCACCAAGAUCCAGAUUCAGAUUCAUCUGCUGAUGAUAACUCGGAAUCAGAGUAG